AUGGAUACUCGUUUUCAGCCGUGGUGCGGAGAAUGCACCUGCGAAACCACCGAGAACGAGGACAUGCAAUGGACAAGGUCGAGGUUUGCCAUAGGAGAUGAGCAAGACAGCAUGACAUCGAGCCACUUCUUGGGAGACGUUGCGGAUAGCAAAAGUGCGUAUGGUUCGCACAGGCAAGAUUCGCAAGACACGUGGGGACUCAGCGCUAGCGUCAGUCCACAGCGGCGGUGUUCUCCGGUCGAAAACAGAAUUAGUGAGUUAUUGACGCAGAGAGUCGGUCCGUACCUGGAAGUGGAGCCUGACCUUCUUCGCGGCGUGCCACUCUGCAAGACCCUGAAGGGCAUGGGUUGGAUGUGGCGAAGGAGCCCGCAUAAAGUUCCCAAGGAAAAAUGGCAAUUCCUGUGGCACAGCUUGCGGCCAGUCAAGACCUAUGAUGUCUUCAUCUCCCAUACGUGGAAGAGCUCAGGGUUGUCCAAGGUACUUGCCCUUCUCUUGAGCACAGGCUGGCACAGCGCUCUGGCCUUCUGGCUGUUGGCGAUGAUCCUUGUCAACACCUUGCAAGUAUGUUUUCCCGAGUUGCACAACCACAAGCCUUUCGUUCUCAACAAGCGCAUUAUGAACUUCGGAGUGGCCUGUCCACUUGCACCCUGGGCGGUGAUUGCAACCCCUGCGGCGCUGAUUCUGGGUGUGCUGGUUGCACCGUAUCUCCCCCAAAUGCUGAUGAAAGAGGGUACAUGCUUCCUAGAUAUCGCUUGCAUCCAUCAAGCAAACCAAGUUCUCAAGGAACGCGGGAUUUAUGGCAUCGGUGGGUUUCUGCAACACGCAGCGGAGCUUCGAGUAUUGUGGACUCCUCCUUACCUUACACGCUUGUGGUGUAUCUUCGAACUCGCGGCAUAUCGUGUGGCCAACCCGACAGGGAGGAUCACUUUGACACCGAUUUUCAUUGAGCACUCCGUGCUUUUCUUGGCGCCUGCUCUCUGGUUUGCCUCCUCGUGCUACUGGGCGGCGGUUGCAGCGGGCCUCGACAAAUAUGGCUACUUUGUGGGCGAGGCCCUUCCCAUCGGACUUGCUCUGAUUCCACUUGUGUGCUUUGUCCACGGCCUGCGGCGGUUCUUCCGCGCUAAGCACAAGCUCUUCGAAGAGCUUAGAGCGUUCAAGCUGUCAUCGGCUGAGUGCAGCGAGCUUUUCGACCACAUCUUCGUGACUUCCGCGAUCCAGAAGUGGUAUGGCAGUGCCGAGGAGUUUGAGAAGUUCGUGCAAGGAACCCUCUAUUCUGACCUGUCUAACAUUCAAUCCGUGGAUGUUCCAUUGCCAUACUGCCUCCUCCUUAUCACAUUCCCAGUCAGUGCCACGAUUGAUGAGAGCAUGGCGCUUUGGGUGCACUGCGACUCCUUGCUGCAAGCCUUGGAGCUCGCGGGCUUCACGAUCCUGCGCCAAGCCUGGUUAGACGAGGUGGUGAGCCAGAUCACGAAAUACAACUCAUUGGACCUGGAUGAGUUCCUACAGAUGCUGCACAUGUAUGAGGAGAAACACUAUGCAGAGUUCGUGAAGGUAUUUGAGCACUUCGACGAUGACCAGAGUGGCACUCUCGAGGCGCACGAGCUUGCCAACUUGCUUGAGCAGUGCGGGAUCACGGCCUUGGACCAGGUCCUCAAGGAGAUCAUGGUCGAGGUUGCUCCUGCUGAUCCGGGCUCCAUCACAAUGGAAGAGUUCAAGCGGGUCAUCGAGAUCAUCCAUGUCAACGAGGGCUUCUCCUCCCGGGAAAUCAUCAAGCUCAAGGAGGUGUUUCGCAAGUUCGACUUGGACAGGGGCGGCACUAUGGACACCAGCGAGCUUCACAAAGCGAUGGCAUGGCUCGGCCACGGUCUGACCAAGGAGGAGGUGCAGCUGAUCUCGGACAGCUGCGAUGUAGGAGGUAAAGGCGUGCUUGAGGAGUGCGAAUUCUUCGGCUUCAUGCGAAAGGUGAAGGAGAAGGAGAUCCUCAUGGUGAAGCGGGAGUUGAAGAAGCAGCGCCCGGUGGGCGGUGCUGUGUACAUGCAGAAGCAGCUGGAUCGCGUGCUGAGGGCCAUGGGCUACAUCCCCAACGCUCAAGCUAUCCGCGAUGCUGCGGAGGAUGCUGCCAUCAUCCGUCCGAACUUGGCUGAGGGCAUUGAUCUGCACGGGCAGGGUGUUCACCCAUGGAAGCCAGCUGUGGGUGGGUUCAGCGGCAGCAGGCGCGGAAGCGUCGGCAGCACCGCUGUCCGGCGGCUUUCUGCUCUGUCGUCGGUUUCCGGUGCUGGACGCCGAGAUUCGAGCAACCACAGUCGCGCCAGCAGCACCAUUAUGCCCGGCUGGACACCCCAUGACAUUCACGCCGUCAUGCCGAAGACCAUCACGAUCUCGAACUUCUUUGUUUUUCUGGAGGUUUAUCGAUACCGCGAGGGCCUUGACAGGAAGCAGAUCAUGGAACUCGAUGCUGCCUUCAACAAGUACGACCGGCGUGGCUUCGGAGAGAUCGAUGUCAAAGAUGUGGGCAAGGUACUUCGCUGGAUGGGAUAUCCUGCCAGCUUCGAUGUACAGCAAAUGCUCGUCAAGGAGGUGGACAUCGACGAAUCUAACACUCUGGAUGCCGUCGAGAUGAAGAAGCUGGUGCGGAAGUUCCAAGAGAAGGAGCUGACGUCAUGGACGACCGCCUUCAACCAAAGCCUCAGGAAAGGCAGCAGCUCCCUGGAGGUGCCUGCGUGUGCUCGUACUUUGCGGAGCUUGGGCAUCAAGGCCUCAGAGUCCGAGGUUGAGGAGAUGCGUGCAAGCAUUGCAGCCAGCUUCCCGAGCAACAAGAACCGCCGGUUCAGCUCCAUCAUGGCCUCGACACCGGCAGAAGCCCCUGCACAGAAGCUGGGCCCUCCAGUGAGCCUGCUGCUGAGCCGCCCCUCCAAGGACAGGAUCUCCGUGACGUCGGCGGUCAACAGCAGCUCCUCAAGUUUCGCUGCCAUCUCCACGAGCUCCAGCUCCGAGGAAAACGCAGAGUCGUCGGAUGAUGAUCUCGAGGACUACUCGGGCAAAGGCAUCGACCUGGCCGUGUUCCACCUGAUUUGUGCCAAGCUCGUGGCCGACGAGCACUUCCUGGAUGUAAAUGGACGACGCUUGCAGCUGGGCUGCUUACGAGAAAAGUACGUGCUGACGGCAGGAGACCUCAAGGGCUCACAAGGUCUGCCGGUAAUAUGUCUGCCUGGUGCAAUGGGGACAGCUGAGACGGACUUUGCUGGGCAGCUGGAUGGGCUCUCGCAGAGACAUGCUGUGGUGGCCUUCGACCCGCGAGGCUACGGAAAGUCGCGACCGCCGAACAGAAGGUACCCGGCGGAUUUCUAUCACCUCGACGCCUCGGAUGCUGGAGCCAUCAUGGAUUCGCUAGGCAUCGGCUCCUACAACGUCAUCGGAUGGAGCGACGGCGCCAUCUCUGCGACCAUCCUGGCCUCCCAGAGGCCGGAGGCUGUCAAGAAAUUGGCCGUCUUCGGCAUCCAAGGCUCCAUAACGAAGGAAGAUGUUGAUGCUUACGAGGGCCUACGCGAUGUGGAGAAGGCUUGGAGCAAGCGAAUGCUCGAAACACAUCGGCCAGUCUAUGGCGAUGACCUUCAGCCGAUGUGGAGCUCCUUCUGCGAUGCCAUGAAGAUGAUGUAUGAUGCUGGAGGGGACAUCUGCCAGAAGGAGGCAAAGCAAGUGAAGUGUCCAACUUUCAUCCUGCAUGGGGCCAAAGAUCCCCUGGUGCCUUCGCAUCACCCGGAGUGGUUCCACCAGGCGAUCGCGGGCUCCAAGCUUCACGUCUUUCCCGAAGGCAAGCACAACAUUCAUCAGAAGUUUGCUGACGAGUUCAACAAACUGCUUCUGGAGUUCUUUGCCGAGUGCACCCCCCCUUUUCUCCACCAUGACAGGGUGUUGAAGUAUGCAGGGGCCUUCGUGCUGGACACCGGCCAAGCUUGCUGUGAGGGCCAAUGCAGGGCGAGGUACACGAUGGAAGAGGUGUCCAUGAUGCGAGAGAAGUUUGCAGUGUAUGAUGCAGAUGGCAGCGGUGACAUCGACAAUCACGAGCUUGCCAAGCUUUUUCAGGACCUUUGCCCCGACAUGUCGUCGAACAUGGCCAAGCGGUCGGAAGUUGCGAGAAUACUCACAGAGGUGGAUCCCGACAAGACGGGAUCCUUGGACUUCCCGGACUUCCUGAGGCUAAUGCGUCAGGUGGACGACAUGCAAGACCGCCUUCGUAUGGCGAAGGAAGCAUUCGCCGUGGAGAAGACCAAGUUUUCAUCGCGGGAGGUGGAGGAGUUCCGACGGAUCUUUCUCGGCGAGGAAUCCGAGGACGGAUCGAUGCGCGGCCUCUUGAGAUUGGAUGAGUAUUUGGAGAUGGUCGGGCCGGUGGUCGGACUUGGAAAAGCAAAUCUGGACGAAUUGACUCGCCUCUUCUUCGACAUUGACUCCCACAUGCAUGAAGAGUACAGGGAGAAGGUCGUCGCACCGCUGAGUCCCAAAAAUCAGCGAUAUGAAAGCAUGCCGCUCAACAGGCCACGAAUCGCUGUGGACUUCCCAGAAUUCUUGAUCCUCAUGCAGAUGCUGCUGGACAAGAAUGCCUGCCGAAUCAAGGAGCAGAGCAAGCUCAUCGCUGACCUCGGGCAACGAAACUCCGUGCUGCAGGUCCAGGUCCGUCGACCUUCGUGGAGGUUGCGGGCUCAGUGCAGAAAAGGUCAGCAACUACAGCAGUAG